ACUUGGUGCGGACAGGUUUCUGGGACCAGGAGGUGGGGACACGACGUACCUUUUGCCCUCUAGGUCUGGGUCAUGUGAGCCUAAAGGAGCGCUUAAAGGCUGGAGUUCUGCAGGGUCCUCAUGACUGGGUGGGGCUGCCUCACUUCUGCCUGACUUGGGAAGCGCUGCAAGCACAACCGGCUGGGGUCCUUGCGUACCGCGGCUCUGGGAGGAGCACCGACUGCGCCGCGUAAGUGCUGCCUGCCCCGCGUGGGUCGUGCCGGCUCAACGGGACAGGUCCUCGCCUCGGUCCCUCGGACGUAGGGAGCGCGGGACAGACCCUGAGAGAUGGUUGGCGCCAUGUGGAAGGUGAUUGUUUCGCUGGUCCUGUUGGCGCCUGGCCCCUGUGAUGGGCUGUUUCGCUCCCUAUACAGAAGUGUUUCCAUGCCACCUAAGGGAGACUCAGGACAGCCAUUGUUUCUCACCCCUUACAUUGAAGCUGGGAAGAUCCAAAAAGGAAAAGAAUUGAGUUUGGUCAGUCCUUUCCUGGGACUGAACGUGAAGAGUUAUGCCGGCUUCCUCACCGUGAAUAAGACUUACAACAGCAACCUCUUCUUCUGGUUCUUCCCGGCUCAGAUACAGCCAGAAGAUGCCCCAGUAGUUCUCUGGCUACAGGGUGGGCCAGGAGGUUCAUCCAUGUUUGGACUCUUUGUGGAACAUGGGCCUUAUGUUGUCACAAGUAACCUGACCUUGCGUGACAGAGACUUCCCCUGGACCACAACGCUCUCCAUGCUUUACAUUGACAAUCCAGUGGGCACAGGCUUCAGUUUUACUGAUGAUACCCACGGAUAUGCAGUCAAUGAGGACGACGUAGCACGGGAUUUAUACAGUGCACUAAUUCAGUUUUUCCAGAUAUUUCCCGAAUAUAAAGAUAAUGACUUUUAUGUCACUGGGGAGUCUUACGCAGGGAAAUAUGUGCCAGCCAUUGCACACCUCAUCCAUUCCCUCAACCCGGUGAAGGAGGAGAAGAUCAACCUGAAAGGAAUUGCUAUUGGAGAUGGAUAUUCUGAUCCCGAAUCAAUUAUAGGGGGCUAUGCAGCAUUCCUGUACCAAAUUGGCUUGUUGGAUGAGAAGCAGAAAAAGUACUUCCAGAAGCAGUGCCACGAAUGCAUAGAACACAUCAGGAAGCAGAACUGGUUUCAGGCCUUUGAAAUACUGGAUAAACUACUAGACGGCGACUUAACAAGUGAUCCUUCUUACUUCCAGAAUGUUACAGGAUGUAGUAAUUACUAUAACUUUUUGCGGUGCACGGAACCUGAGGAUCAGCUUUACUAUGUGAAACUUUUGUCACUCCCAGAGGUGAGACAAGCCAUCCACGUGGGAAAUCGGACUUUUAAUGAUGGAACUGUAGUUGAAAAGUACUUGCGAGAAGAUACAGUACAGUCAGUUAAGCCAUGGUUAACUGAAAUCAUGAAUAAUUAUAAGGUUCUGAUGUACAAUGGCCAACUGGACGUCAUCGUGGCAGCUGCCCUGACAGAGCGCUCCUUGAUGGGUAUGGACUGGAAAGGAUCCCAGGAAUACAAGAAGGCAGAGAAAAAAGUUUGGAAGAUCUUUAAAUCUGACAAUGAAGUGGCUGGUUACGUCCGGCAAGUGGGUGACUUCCAUCAGGUAAUUAUUCGAGGUGGAGGACAUAUUUUACCCUAUGACCAGCCUCUGAGAGCUUUUGACAUGAUUAAUCGAUUCAUUUAUGGAAGAGGAUGGGAUCCUUAUGUUGGAUAAACUACCUUCCCAAAAGAGAACAUCAGAGGUUUUCAUUGCUGAAAAGAAAAUUGUAAAAACAGAAAAUGUCAUAGGAAUAAGAAAAUUAUCUUUUCAUAUCUGCAAGAUUUUUUUCAUCAAUAAAAAGUAUCCUUGAAACAA